GCCGCUUCCGGCCCCAGGUCUCCCACAGUCCUUAGCUCCUUCCGUUGGGCUCCCGUUCGUUUUUCCGGUGGCAAUGGCUGCGGCAGUGGCUGGGAUACUGCGAGGGGGUCUCCUGCCCCAGGCGGGCAGGCUGCCCACCCUCCAAACUGUCCGUCGUGGCUCCAAAGCUGUUACCCGCCACCGUCGCGUGAUGCACUUUGAGCGGCAGAAGCUGAUGGCUGUGACUGAGUAUAUCCCCCCCAAGCCUGCUGUCAAUCCAAGAUGCCUGACACCUCCUUCCAAGCCCCGCCAAGAGGAGACAGGCCUCAUCCGGCUUCUCCGUCGGGAGAUAGCAGCAGUUUUCCGAGACAACCGAAUGAUAGCUGUCUGUCAGAAUGUGGCUCUGAGUGCGGAGGACAAGAUUUUUAUGCGGCACCAGCUGCGGAAACACAAGAUCUUGAUGAAGGUCUUCCCUAACCAGGUCCUGAAGCCGUUCCUAGAGGAUUCCAAGUACCAAAACCUGCUUCCCCUUUUUGUGGGGCACAACCUGCUGCUGGUCAGUGAAGAGCCCAAGGUCAAGGAGAUGAUGCGAAUCUUGAAGGGUAUGCCUUUCCUGCCACUGCUAGGUGGCUGCAUUGAUAACGUCAUCCUCAGCAGGCAGGGCUUCAUCAACUACUCCAAACUUCCCAGCCUGGCCCUGGUGCAGGGGGAGCUGGUAGGAGGACUCACCUUCCUCAUGGCCCAGACCCAAUCCCUGCUCCAGUACCAGCCCCUCCACCUGACCGCCCUGUUGGAUCAGUACGUUAGACAACAACACGAGGGGGACUCCGUCGUGUCAGCCAGUGGGCAGCCCAAUUCUCCAGACCCUGUUCCAGACUCAUAGCCAGCCCGUUGUACCCAGCCUGCCCAUAAAUACACCCUGCCCCAUUGGUUAUGCUGGUACGCUGUCCUUCCGGAGAUGUGGAAGAACUCGGGGUGGGGAGUGACGUAUGUUCCCUGGCUUCUGCUGACAAUGACCUCCUCAGAUACAGGGCCACUUGGAGAUGAAGAAGGAGUCCAUUUCAGAAUGAAGGCUUUUAAUCGUCGUCUUUCGUCCUUAGUAUUUCCAGCUCGGGACCUGACAAGAGCAAAAUCUCAGCUCUCCACGUUCAUGGCAGGGAAGCUGAACAGAUGAGGACAUUGUCUUCUUUUGUGCUCAUGUUUUUUGCACAUGUCUUCCUCAGCCUGUCCCCUCGUAUAUCAGAAUAGCUCACCUGACUAAUUGUGCUAAGAACGGCUUCUACUAUUGAGAGCCUGCUGUGCCAGGCUGCGUGCUGACCGCCGUCCAUGUAUUAGUUCUUUCAUUUCUCACCAUAUUAGCCCCAUUUCACAGAGAAGAAAACUAAGGGGCAGAGAAGUUAAAGAGCUUUUCAAGGUCAGAAAGUUGGUAAAUGGCCAAACAGGACUUAGAUCAGGCUCUCUGCUCUGAAGACCAUGCCCUGGAUUUUUACACUAGGGUCCCAGGUGUGCUUGGCUGUUAAUUUUCCCUCGGAGUGUGCCAUGUUGUAGAAAGUUUGGGAACAUUGCUUUAUGAUAAAAAGAUACGCAUUUUACUUUA